ACAAAGAAGCGAGCACCCAAGCCUGGAGCCUGGAGCCCGAGCGCGGGCACCAGCCCUCCGCAGCCUGCUGGAGCCUGCGCGGGAGGCCCGGGGCUCGUGCAGACGGGAGUCCCUUGAGUGGCGCGCCCGGGACGUGAGUGCCCCUUGUCUUCCCCGGCACCUGACCCCUUCCCCGCCCACCGCGUGCACCUUGGCACAGCUUCAGUCAUCCGAGCAGGCCCCGCCCUCCGCCGCGGCCUCAGCCAGCCUCGGAGAACGAACGCACGGAACCCGGGCUGCAGAGAGAGAUCCUGCAGCCACGGCCCCUGAGCCGACACCGCCCCGAGGCGACGGCGGAAAAGCCGUCCCCGCCAGGACGGAGGCGGUCAUCGCGCACAGGCUUUCUGCUCGGCUGGUUGCAGCCGGCGCGAGGACAAAACACGCGUGCGCCGGGAGGGCGGGCGAGCGAGCGGGCGGACGGGCGCGCUGCAGCUUCAGCAAGCGGCGCGGGGUGCACGCCGCCCUUUUGCCGGAGUGGCCGCCGCUGCAGCAGCAGCAGCAGCUCUGCACUAGGGGACUGAGGGCGCAGCAAGGGACUGAGCCGAACUGGACGCGCGACGCCAACGGCUCUCAAGGCAAGAGGGACUGUGGCCCUGCCACGGCGCCGCUCGCGAUUCCCGGUCCCGCACGGCUGACUCUCCCCGCGGCGCGACCUCGCUCCUCAUCCGGAGCGCGGCGAUGGAGGUCCCGCCCCGGCUCUCCCAUGUGCCGCCGCCAUUGUUCCCCUCCGCUCCCGCUACUUUAGCCUCCCGCGGCCUCUCCCAUUGGCGGCCACGGGCUCCCCGGCAGCUCGCCCCGCUCCUCCCUUCGCUCGCUUCCAGCGCCUCCCGCCAGGGGGCGCGCCGGAGCCCGCGCCACGUCACCGCCCAGCAGCCCUCCCGAUUGGCGGGCGGGGCGGCUAUAAAGGGAGGGCGCAGGCGGCGGCCGGAUCUCUUCCGCCGCCAUUUUAAAUCUAGCUCCAUACAACGCUCCGCCGCCGCUGCCGCCGGGACCCGGACUGCGCGCCAGCACCCCCUCGCCGACGGCUCCGCCACCAUGGAGGACAUGAAUGAGUACAGCAACAUAGAGGAGUUCGCAGAGGGAUCCAAGAUCAACGCGAGCAAGAACCAGCAGGAUGACGGUAAAAUGUUUAUUGGAGGCUUGAGCUGGGAUACAAGCAAGAAAGAUCUGACUGAAUAUUUGUCUCGAUUUGGGGAAGUGGUAGACUGCACAAUUAAAACAGACCCAGUCACGGGAAGAUCAAGAGGAUUUGGAUUUGUGCUUUUCAAAGAUGCUGCUAGUGUGGAUAAGGUUUUGGAACUGAAAGAACACAAACUGGAUGGCAAAUUGAUAGACCCCAAAAGGGCCAAAGCUUUAAAGGGGAAAGAACCCCCUAAAAAGGUCUUUGUGGGUGGAUUGAGCCCAGAUACUUCAGAAGAACAAAUUAAAGAAUAUUUUGGAGCCUUUGGAGAGAUAGAAAAUAUUGAGCUUCCCAUGGAUACAAAAACAAAUGAAAGAAGAGGAUUCUGUUUUAUCACAUACACAGACGAAGAGCCAGUAAAGAAACUGUUAGAAAGCAGAUACCAUCAAAUAGGUUCUGGGAAGUGCGAAAUCAAAGUUGCGCAACCCAAAGAGGUGUACAGGCAGCAGCAGCAACAACAGAAAGGAGGCAGAGGGGCUGCAGCCGGCGGAAGAGGAGGUGCUAGGGGGCGUGGAAGAGGUCAGGGCCAAAACUGGAACCAAGGAUUUAAUAACUAUUAUGAUCAAGGAUAUGGAAAUUAUAAUAGUGCCUAUGGUGGUGAUCAGAACUAUAGUGGCUAUGGCGGCUAUGAUUAUACUGGGUAUAACUAUGGGAACUAUGGAUAUGGACAGGGAUAUGCAGACUACAGCGGUCAGCAGAGCACUUACGGCAAGGCGUCCCGAGGGGGCGGCAAUCACCAGAACAAUUACCAGCCCUACUAAAGGAGGACGCUGGGAGAGCAGCGGGAACUUCAUUGCAGGCCGUGUGUCACCCUGACCACGUCUAUCUCUGGGGGUCGCACGUUGCGGGCAGAGCGCAAGGCAUACACCAGAAAACGCUGUCCUGUGGUAUGGUCUCUUCCAACUUCAUGUACCAGCGUAAAGAUUAAAGUGGAAAACUUCAGACUUUGGCUUCUUUUUUAAUCUUUUUGGAGAUUAAGUGUCUAAACUUAACUUAAAUGGUUUUUUACAGGAGUUAAAGUGCAUAAAUGCCUUUUUACAGCUUAAUCAUUUUGGUCUUCUGUUUAGUGUUGUAUUUCAAUUGUGGAGCCUCAUUUUAAGUGUUCAUUCUUUAAGAUUUAAUGCUUGCUUUUUCUUUUUAUAGCUAAUAGUGAAAUCUACAAACCAAAACAAGAACUUUUAAAUCUGGGAUAUAAGUUAAAGAUCAUAUGCACAAAGUAAUUGGCUACCGUGUUACCAUUAUAAACCUACCUGGAAUUUGUGUUGGUAGCAUCCAGUUGGCUUACUAGGGAUGCUUCUGUUCUGGUUGGCCCUCACUUGCUAGAUGCAGAUCAGGGAAGAUUGCAUUCCCGUGUUCUAAAUUCAGUCCAUCCUGUGUCAUUUGGAACUCGAGUGAGUUUCAGUGCCCAAACUGUACUUUGCUGAUGAACAUGCGUGUGAUCUUUAAUUGAAGUGAGGACUUAAGCAGUCCAUGAAAGUGGACCUUUGCACACUUGUGGGGCUGCACACAUCUAAUGGGUGUUUCGUUUUUGUUUUAGGAGGUGUAAAGAAACCAUCUUACAGGACGACAUUGAAGAUUGCUUGAUCUUCUGUUGACCUAAGAUGAUUAUUUUGUAAAAGACUUUGUAGUGUACAUGACACAAUUGUGUCCAACUGUAUAUAGCUGCCAAUUAGUUCCUCUGUUUUACUUUGUCCUUUGCUACCUGUGUUAUGAUGACUCAAUGUGGAUUUGUGUUCAUACAAAUUUUUAUUUGUGUGGUUUCAUGUUAAACCUCAAAUAAAUGCUUCCUUAUGUGAUUGUUUUCCUGCGUCAGGUACUGCAUAGUUCUGUGGAAAUGUAAUUUUAUAAAGAAGCAAUAAUCAAGACAGACGCAGCUUAUUUUGUAGGGGGUAUUGGUCCACAGGAAGAAACUGGUUGUAGUAUCCCCUGGUUUCUGUGGGUGUUACUGUGCUUACAGUCUAAUGCUUAAUUUCUCUGUUGAUAACUUCUACACCUUUUGAAUAAUGUUUCCUCCCUGGGUAUCUGGAGACUGACACUAGUCUGUUGUGAUUGGUGACACUUCCUAUCACAUGGUGUGCUUUCAGAUUAUGGUUCUAAGGAAAGCACCUUGGUGUGCUAGGGCUGUACCUCACUGGCAAGUGUCCUUUGCCUGAGCACAAGUGAUGCUCUUGUUUCUAUCUCAUCACCUUAGAAACGGACCUGUUGGCUACCACAAAGCUUUUUAAUUGGCUACCUUUGCUCUGUGCUUAUCUAACAAACCAUGUGUAAUUCACAGAUGACUUUAAAGAGAGUCCAUGGUUUGUCUGUUAGAGGUAAAUGCAGGGGGGAAACUGGUGGCCAGGGUUUCAUCCAUUCUAUCUGCAAUUAUCCACUAAGGUCAGUGCAGUGGGCUGAGGUUUUAGGAAAAUUAGCAGUAGUGAAUCCAUCCCACCAUAGUACACAAGCUAAAUAGAUUUAAGCAGUUUGCUAUGCAGGCAGAGGAAGGGAGUUGUGGAAAGUCACAUGGUGUAUCUUUUGGUGCAUUAAAAACUUAAAAGAUUUAAGUAAUAAAGGCUUUGAGCUUUUCCAUAAAUGUUUGGCUUAGAGGUCUCUCCACGGUUCCACAAAAGCUUCUGGGUUGGGGUACAUGUUUAGAGUACUUGGUCUUAGACCAGUGUAAGCUUUUUAUACUGAUAUCUUUUUUAAAUGCCUACAACUUUGUUCCAAUGAUAUUUGUACUUGCUAGGCUGUCAAGUUACCAUGCCUUGGCCUCAUUUUCUUCUGGCCAGGUACCAUUGUUGGCUAUUAAAAAGAACUGUUUCAACUUGCAACCAGAGAAUAGGAGGUCAUUUCACAUACUGUUAGUAGGUAUAGUAUCCAAGAAAGAAAUACAAUUAGGUGACAAGUUGGCAUUGAAGAUUGUCAUUUCCCCUGAUCAAAAUGAAUAAAGUCUUUUUAAAAUAAAA